UGAGUGCAGCGCAAGCUGUCAUGGCUGUCAUUUAAGAAACCAGUGCCGUCGUUAAUUGUGGUGUGCAAUUUGUAACAAUUUAGUGAAUGCAUGACGAUACAAGAUACACCACUGGAAUUAAAUCGACCAUUAGUGCCAACCUCAAAAAUUUUUCGAUUUGCGGGAAAUUCAAACGAUCAUAACUUCUAAAACUAGUACCCGGUACAAAACAUGAUAUUGAUUUUUGGAUGCAUCUGAAAUGACAGUCCAAAGCAGUACCAGCAAUUAGGCAGUACUCGCAGUAUUUAGAAAGUACCUACUACCUACUGCAAGUUAGCAAAAGUGAAUAAUCCUUGGAUAAGUUAGGCAGCACCUAUUGCUCCAAGGAAAGUAAGAAAGUCUUCUGAAUAUAAUGUGCCUGUGAGAAGAGAUAUCGAGAUAUAUUAGAAGCAUAGAUGCCACGCAAUAAGAAUAUAGAAGGAUAAAUAAUGCAACUGAAUCAAUAAGUUACGUGGAUCUUUGGUUUACUACAUCUUACCUCGUUACAUUCCAUAGCUACCUGAAAUCAGCACAUUGGCUAGUCCUAAAUGGCAUUAUUAAAAGCGAAACCGGAAAAUAUUCCCGAAGAUGCGGUUAUAUUAACCAGAGAAAAGGCGCUGCAGUAUCAGUUAGACAUUUUAAAAAACUGGAAACAUCAAAGUGACAUAUGGCCCAUAAAACAUGGAGGAACAAUUUUAGCAUCUCUUAGUGCAUUGUCUGGGAUUUAUAUUAAUAAUUACUAUAGGUUUAAAUUCAAAUUAUUGAAUUACGGAAGACUAUCGUCUUAUCUACCCUUAUGUGGACUACCAGCCAUUAUGUCAUUUAUGUCUCACACACAAUUUGUGCUGCCUGAUGUUGUUUUACAAGAAAAUUGUGCAGUUUGUACACAAAUGCGAGCAUCUGCCUUACAGUCAGGAUUUGGUGCUGUGUUUCCAUUGCUGCUGGCUCCAAUGUCGAUUUUUUCAUUGGCACUAAGAUAUAACACGUACGACAUCCCGUAUUUUACCAAAGAACCACUUAAAGCGGCACAGUUAUGGUUGAACAAAACCAAACCAAUUAAUAACAUAUUGUUCGCGAUAUUUGUUGGACAAGCGUUGGCUGCCACGGCUGUGACUUAUUUGGAAGCGAACGCGAUCGAGAAAGUUAAUGACAAAUUGACAUUAUUAGGAUAUGAUUUGGAUAAUGAUUACUGAAUGGUACCUACCUUUAAUAGUAUCCACACAAUGCAGUAGAUAAUACCUACAAAUAUUA